UUUCGAUAUCCUGAAGAAAAGGAACUUGACACACAUGUCAACAAACAAUAUACAUUAAUACUAGCUAGCACAGGUAAGUUUACGUAUUGCGUUUUUAGUCAGUUGGACAAUAUGAAAAGCGCCAAAGUCAACUUUUUGUUUUGUAUAGCAAGAGGACAAAUUCAUGUUAAAGCUAUUUGAAAUAACUCUCGUCUCGUUUGCUAACAGCUUGCUGUCUGUAGCCAGCAACGUUAGCCAUCCAACUAAAUAAACCGUUAUUACGUCAACUGUGGCGUGUGAAGUUGGGGUGCAACGUUGCAGAUACAAUGCAUAGAGCUGUCCGUUUACACUGAUGCAUGCCAAGGUGUGCCAGUGUAGAAUAAGCUGACCCAUCACUGCACCUACAGGUCCUCUGCUGUCCACAUGACCACCCCUCCCAUGGUGGCGUUCGCUGGGCAGCAGGCUCAGGCUGCCCGUGAUGUCAACACGGCGUCGCUCUGUCGCAUCGGCCAGGAGACGGUGCAGGAUAUUGUCUUACGCACCAUGGAGAUCUUCCAGCUGUUGAGGAACAUGCAGCUGCCAAAUGGAGUGACGUACCACCCCAGCACCCACCAGGACAGGCUGGGCAAACUGCAGGAGCACCUGCGUAUGCUCUCUGUACUCUUCCGCAAGCUGCGCCUCGUCUAUGACAAAUGCAAUGAAAACUGCACCGGUCUGGACCCCGUAACCCCAGAGCAACUCAUCCCGUAUGUGGAGGAGGACGGCAGCUCCAGACACAAUGAACGCUCGGCCAGCCAGGCCCGCCCGGAAACAGAAGAGAGGGGGGAGAUCCUGGAGGUUAACAAGAAGCUCAAACAGAAGAACCAACAGCUGAAGCAGAUAAUGGACCAGCUCCGAAACCUCAUCUGGGAGAUAAACUCCAUGCUGGCUGUUAGGAAUUGAAUGCCAAACACGGCGACACAGAGGGCGUGCAUACACACACUCCACCGACUGGAAGAUAUGGCUAUUAACUGGAUAAGUGACAGGGUCCCUCUAAGGUGGCACUUAAGAAAUACAGGCUUUCACAAUAUACUACUCUUUCCCACAAGACGAGUUGGGAGAGAAGAAGAGGGGGAAGAAAGCAAAGAAGAAUGAAGACAAGUCAUGCAAUGGGGAAAUGCUGAUAUACACUAACCGGCCAAUUUAUUAGGCACACCCAUUUAGUACUGGGAUCAGACUGGUCAUCUGCUGCAAUAGCCCCAUCCAUGACAAGGACCAACGAGUUGUGUGUCCUGAGAUGCCAUUCCCGCGCCUUUAUUUGUUUGUGGCCCACUUGUUAACUUGCAUGAGUCUUGCCAUUCUCCUUCGACCUCUCUCAUCAACGAGCUGUUUUCGCCCACAGGACUGGAUGUUUUUUUUAUUUGUCGCACCGUUCUCGGUAAACCCUAGACACGGUCAUUUGUGAAAAUCCCAGGAGAGCGGCCGUUUCUAAGAUACUGGAUCCGGCGUGCCUGGCACCGACGAUCAUACCAUGCUCAAAGUUGAUUAGGUCACUCCUUUUGCCCAUUCUAACAUUCAAUCGCACAGUAAUCGAAUGCCUCGAUGCCCCUCUGCAUGCUUUAUACAGCAAGCCACGUGACUCACUCUCUUUAGGAGCGAUCCAUGUGUGUGAACGGGAGGUUGUACCUAAUACACUGGCCGGUGAGUGUAGUUAUCGCCUACAAUAUGGUUGAGGACUUUCAGAGUUGUGGUUUGAAAGACUAUAGUCAUGGCUUUCAGUAGAAUUCAAAUCAACUGUUGAUUUAUUGUAGGCACUAGGUAUAAAUGCAGGACAAUAUGUAGUCAAUCGUACAACAUUUUAUAUAUUUAAUCUCUAUCCCAAAAUAUGACAAAUACUCAGAUUACCCAUUUAAAGGGGUUUUGAUGUUCUAUUUCCCUCAAGAUGUUUUUAUACAUUCCUUAACCAUUUUAGCUAAAAUAACAGAGGCAACAUUUGUGAAGGAGAGCACAGACAUGUAAAAAAAAUACUUGGGCACAUUGUUGAAAAUAAGUUUCAAAUGAAAUCACUGCCAGAUUGAGGUUUGCAUUAUUUUUACUGGACUUUUUAUGAUCAUCACAAUGUCUCGUUAACUUUUGUAAUUCUAUGGCGCUAUAAAUCCUGCUGUGAUUUAGGCCACUGUUUCUUUCUGUUCUAUUUUUAGAUCUGUGUUCUCACUGCUCACGAGGACCGUCAGAUCAGGUCUCUUUGUGGUCUUUUUGGAUUGUCCCCAGGCUUUAAAAGUAAAAAAAAAAAAAAAGAAUUACAGCCAGAAACAGUGCCCAGCCAAUAAGCGACAUAAACAACUUAGUAGAGCCCCGCGGCCACUGGGGCCCCCUGACCCUUUGAUUGAAUCCUGGUGUUAUUAUACUGAUGAUUUGUCGGAACAGAGGGUUUCUUUACGUACAGUGCAUUCGGAACGUAUUGAGACCCCUUCACUUGUUCCACAUUUUGUUACAACCUUAUUCUAAAAUUGAUUAAAAUGUUUUUCCCAUAAAUCUACACACAAUACCCCAUAAUGACAAAGCAAAAACAGGUUUCGAAAUUUUAGCAAUAUUACAAAGAAAAAAAUAACAUUCAGACCCUUUACUCAGUACUUUGUUGAAGCACCUUUCUGCAGAUCCUCUCAAGCUCUGUCAGGUUGGAUGGGGAGCGUCACUGCACAGCUAUUUUCAGGUCAGAUAUGUUGGAUCGGGUUCAAGUCCGGGCUCUGGCUGGGCCACUCAAGGACAUUGACUUUUACCGAAGCCACCCCUAUGUUGUCUUGGCUGUGUGCUUAGGGUCAUUGUCCUUGUGAACAUUCGCCCCAGUCUGAGGUCCUGAGCGCUAUGGAGCAGGUUUUCAUCAAGGAUCUCUGUACUUUGCUCCGUUCAUCUUUCCCUCGAUCCUGACUAGUCUCUCAGUCCCUGCCUCUGAAAAACAUCCCACAGCAUGAUACUGCCACCACCAAGCUUCACCGUAUGGAUGGUCUUGGCCAAGUGAUGAGUGGUGCCUGGUUUCCUCCAGACGUGACGCUUGGCAUUUAGGCCAAAGAGUUCAAUCUUAGUUUCAUCAGACCAGAGAAUCUUGUUUGUCAUGGCACCUAAAGGACUUUCAGACUUCGUGGCAAACUCAAAGCAUGCUGUCAUGUGCCUUUUACUGAGCUGUGGCUUCCACCUACAAUAAAGGCCUGAUUGGUGGAGUGCUGCAGAGAUGGUUGUUCUCCCAUCUCCUCAGUGGAACUCUGGAACUCUGUCAGGGUGACCAUCGGGUUCUUGGUCACCUCCCUUACCAAGGCCCUUCUCCUCCAGUUGCUCAGUUUGGCCAGGCGGCCAGCUCUAGGACAAGUCUUGGUGGUUCCAAACUUCUAACAUUCAUGAGUGAUUGAUGCCACUGUGUUCUUGAGGACCUUCAAUUCUAAAUACAUUUUUUUGGUACCCUUCCGCAUGUCUGUGCCUCGACACAAUCUUGUCUUAGAGCUCUACGGACAAUUCCUUCAACCUCAUGGCUUGGAUUUUGCUCUGACAACUGUGGGACCUUGUAUAGACAGGUGUGUGCCUUUCCAAAUCAUGUCCAAUCAAUUUAAUUUACCGCAGGUGGACUCCAAUUACGUUGUAGAAACAUCUCAAGGAUGAUCCAUGGAAACAGGAUACACCUGAGCUCAAUUUCAAGUGUUUUUGUUUUGUCAUUAUGGGUAUUGUGUGUAGAUUGAUGAGGAAAAUGUUUUAUUCAAUAAAUUUUAGAAUAAGGCUGUAACAUAAAAUUGUGGAGAAAGUCAAGGGGUCUGAAUACAUUCCCGAAUUGUAUUCAGAUUGUAUUCAAUCUGUAUCGUGGAAGAUCUGCGUUACAAUGUAAAGGUAAUAUCCAAUUAGGUCGACAUAUGCAGCAUUUACUGUGAAUGCACUCCCUGUGAACGCUAUAACACAGAUCUCCCGCAAUAGAGAUUAAAUCCAACCCCUCAUUCUCCUAACCUGCUACGUAAACAAACCAUCAGUCUCGACAAAUCAUUAGCAUCACAUCGGCCUCAAUCAUGUUUUGAGGGAAGCUCCGCCUAGAGCAGAACUAAUGUGAUUGGUUGGAUGAAAGUAGGUGGUUAAAAAUAGGUUGGAGGCAUUACAUGCGUGUUGCGACCCGCUUGGUUGCCAGUUCAAAUCAAGAUUACUUUUGUUUUCCAACCUUACCGAACAUUCUUAACUAAUUACAUUUCUAAUCUAUUAACUUUCAACAUUUGACUGAAUAGCUUUAAAUAUGUGAACACCAGAGCAUUAAAUAACUACCAGUCAGGAAUGUAGCGUAGGUAGCUUGUUACUCCCAAGUAGUCUUCUUAUAAUCAGUCAGUAAGCCCAUGUUGGCUAAAAUGUUUUAGGUUGCUAGGUAAGUUAGUCUAGCCAGAUCUAAACCUUGUAGUAAUUAUGGCUGAAUUACGAACCAGGUAUGUAGGGGACGUGCCCAGGGGCCCAGACCUCCAGCGGGCCCCCAUAGAUUUUUUUAGUCACUCUCUCAGAUGUCUUUAAAAUGGCAUAAGCCAUGGCAAAAUAUGUAGAAUUGCAGGAAAAUUGCUUUUAAACUACAAAAUGUUCUAUCAAACCCAUGGCAAAACCGCACAUUUCUCUCUCCGCUGCCAAGAGUUUUGCCAGCAAGCUUCUUUUUUUUUUUUUAGCAUACGGCCGGCUAUAGGCGGAAAGAUGGACUGUGGCCGACAGAGAAACAGAAAGGGAAGCCGCAGGCUAUCAGGUCUCAUAUUAAUAUCAAUAUUAUCUUCAGAUAAGAUUACGAUAAAUAAUUAAGAAGAUGGUUGGGAUCAUAUCCAAGUUGUGUUAUGAGGUUAUUGUCCUCAGGCAAAUGUUAGACAUAGUAUGCAACUCCAUCCCAAAUUUCACACUGUUCCCUAUAUAGUGCACUACUUUUGACCAGAGCGCAUGGGUCUCCGGUCAAAAGCACUGCAUUAUGUAGGGGAUAUGGUGUCAUUUGGGAAGCAGAAUAGGGUGGAAAGCAAAGACGCUCCUUCCACAGAAUAAGAAUCAAUCGCUGGAUAGUGGAUCAUGAUUUAUUUUCACAAACCAGGUUUCCAGCCAAACUUUUUAUGCUUGUAAAAGUACGGUACAAGGGGGUAACCCCCCCUGUAAUUCACAUUAAGAUCACAAGAUGUCACCAAAUUAUUUUCCUUGUUGUCACUGCUCUUGCUCAACAAAAAUGUCCUCUGUGUCAUCAAAACUUUGAGAUAUUUCAAAAUGAUUGUGGUAAAUGUAAUUUUUUUGCUAUUUUCAAAAUGUUGUAGAUAUAUUCCAAUAAAGCUUUUAAAAAAAAAAUGAGAUACACAAGUAGGAAAGCCUUAUGAUAAAUAAUCCACUUGUUUAGAGAGAAAUGUAGGUAAUUUUUAUUUAGUAAAGGGGGUAGCUGGCCCCUGGGGGCUAGUUUCCCCUUUAUGGUUAUGAAUGCGUUUCUACCUGUCAUUUAGACAAUGACUAGCCCAGUUAGUAAGUUGCUAGCUAGCAUAAACUAGCGCUAUCAGUAAAUGCUAGUCAGCAUAAGGUGCUAGGAGUGCUAGCUAGCAACCUUACUACCAGAUUGUCUGAGGUAAAAUACAUUAAAAAGAUAACGUAACUUAUUUGCAGAUAGAAAUGUUUACACUAGUGACUGAUAGCGUUACAUUUAAUGUUACUUUAUACCCUUUUAUGUAUUUUACACUGCAUUUUAUGUCACAUAGCUUGCUAUGUUUUUAAGAGAGAGCUUUUCAAUUGGCAUCUCUCCCCCUUUUUUCAGUCACCGGUGGGGACUGGAUUAAGUGUGAGCAGUGCAGGAGGUGGGCACCAAUUUUACUGGGGAUAGCUUUAUUUGUGACCUAUGUACAAAUUAGAAUUGUGCAAUAGUAUCAAUGUUACACUGAAUUGAGUUAAGUUGUUAUUAAAUGUUAUAUUCCAUUCCAAAUGUCGACAAAAUACCCUAAUGUGGGAUCUUUUUGUGUCGGUAAAAUAAAUUAUGCUAGAAAUGUCA